GAUGCAAAAGAGAGAGCAAAGCAAGCUCGGCGGAGCUGCGGGCGGCUCCGCCCCUCCUGCCGCCAAGAGCGGCUGCUGGGGACUCCGUUGCCCCCUCCACCCUACUCGGCCCCUCCCUCCAGGUCCACUCCGCAUUCGCGGAGCAGAAUAACAAAAGGAUAGUUUUGGCUCUUCAAAGUGGACUGAAGAGCGAGUUGACAUGGGCGCUGAAUGCUCUCACAUUGCUCUCAUUCAAAGAGAAAGACGAAGUCCGGAAGGAUGCAACUCCUCUUGCCAAGAUUCCUGGAUUACUUGAUGCUCUACUUCAAGUUAUAGAUGAUUGGCGUGACAUAGCUCUACCAAGGGUCCUUACAAAGACACCUAGGGUAAGAUUACUGGGUGCUAAUUCUGCUGUUACUGGAUUCGGGAAUGAAUACGAGACCUUAAAUUCUGGUGAUUCUGUUCCGCAUCCUAGUGCUGGAUCGGGUUCUUCAAAUAAAGACGUGUCUGCACAAAAGAUUACGGCCAAACCUCGACCUUCAGGUUGGUGGUAUGAGGAAGAUGGCCUCUUCAAUAUGGACGAGGAAGGACGGGCAGAAAAGCAGCUGUGUGCUGUAGCUGCUUCAAAUAUUCUUAGGAACUUUUCAUUUAUGGCUGAGAAUGAAAUUGCAAUGGGCCAGAAUCGUCACUGUCUUGAGACGAUGUUUCAGUGUUUGGAGGAUUAUGUUACAGAGGAUGAAGAACUUGUUACAAAUGCCCUCGAGACAAUCAUGAAUUUGGGCCCACUGCUAGACCUUCGAAUAUUUAGCUCAUCAAAGCCUUCGUUCAUCAAAAUGACAGAAAAGCGUGCCGUGCAGGCCAUCAUGGGAAUGUUGGGUUCUGCUGUCAGAAGCUGGCAUUGUGCAGCUGCAGAACUACUCGGUCGGAUGAUACUUAACCCUGACAAUGAGCCUUUCCUCCUGCCAUUUGCUCCACAGAUCUAUAAGCGAUUGGUUGAUAUUCUGAGCUUUCCAGCCGGUGAUGCUCAAGCAGCAGCUGUUGGUGCACUGUACAACCUCGCAGAAGUCAAUAUGGACUGUCGGUUGAAACUUGCCAGUGAAAGAUGGGCAGUUGAUCGUCUAUUGAAGGUGAUCAAGACGCCACAUCCCGUCCCAGAAGUUUGCAGGAAAGCAGCACUAAUUCUGGAGAAUCUCGUGUUGGAGCCGCAGAACAAGCCCCUGCUGCUAGCAUAUGAAAAUGCAUUCGCAGAAAUACUCUUCUCAGACACAAGGUAUGCUGAUACAUUUGCUCGGAUAUUACACGAAUUGACUUCGAGACCGAGCAACAAAGUUGCAUCAGCUCGUGGCAUUUGGGGCAUGUAAGUAGCUUCGUGUUUUAUUAGUUCUCAUUGUAGACACACAAACUUUAGGGAGUGGAUGCUUAUUUAUUUGUCAAUGGAAUGUUUCACUGCUCAUUCUCUUAA